UAAAGAAGGAAAUUGAAAAGGCUCUCCAAUCGUUUCUUUCUUCUUGGAGGACGGGUGACAAAUCUUCACCAAUGCCCUCUCUCGACUGCUCCCCCCCCCUCCUCCAAAGCUUUCCUAUUUACUGUACAACAAGGGGUCUGUUUGUGUGAGACAUCAUCAAACUCACAUGGUAGCCAGUAGAUGAGCAGAGACCGUCUCCAAGCUUUCACACUGAGCACAGCCUCGUUGGUCGGAGCUAACGCAAAACUAUUUUUCACGUCUGCUGAACUCCAGCGGCAUGGAGAACGGAAAUCAGAGAGACCAAGACGGAGACAUGGAGGAAAUGAGCAUGCAGAUUGCUCAGCUGCAAGCCCUGACAGCGGAUUUGAAGGCGGGGCUAGUGGGAGCCAUUCAGGACCUGUCCGUUCUGAAGCAGAGCAGCUGCGUCCUGGAGGACAGGAUGAGAAACUACCAGAACGACAUCGAGGAGAAAAUACUGGGGAUUAGAAACUCCCUCAACACUUUCAAGGAGGACCUGAGUACUGCCCUGACCCAAAUCAAAGAGCUGAACUGCAGACACGUAGAGAUGCAGCGGGGGGUGGAGCUCUUCCAUGCGGAAGUGGGAAGGCAUCUACUUACCUGCCAGCAGCGGAAAAACUCCAAGGACGCCUCUCCCGACUGCCCGCGGCAUUUCCCCGGCGAGACGGAGGAACGCGCUACGCAGCACUACCUUGCAAGCGUGCCCAAUGGCUCGCCUCAGCAAACUGCCGGCCUGGAGCAGGACGCCAGCGGUCAGCAGCGGGGGGGGCCCAGGUGCCAGGUGUGGGCGGCGCCCAAGGAUCUCGCAGAGGGACAGGGCACUGAGGAAGGCCGGAAGAGGUACGCCGCCGCCCUCGAGCUGCUGGAGUCCGAGAGGCAGUACGUGUCCCAUCUCUCCCUGCUCCUCAAGGCCAACAUCACCUUCAACGGCGCCGAAGCCAUCCACCCCAAGGGCAAGCGGCCAUUUCCCAGCUCACUGCGCUUCCUCAUCCAGCAGCACCUGGAGCUGCUCCACACCCUGCAGGAGCGCGUGCUCCGGUUCCAGUGGCAAGGCAUUAUGGGAGAUGUAUUCUUGAGGCUGUUCAGUAAAGAGAGUGAUUUUCUUGAUUUCUACGUGACAUACCUGAAGGAACUGCCGGACUGCCUCGCCGUGGUCGGCAUGUACACCUCCUCCUCCGCGGAAGCAUCCGGACUGUUUGAGGGUGACAUCACAGGCAAGGAAAAUCGGCCUCCUCUCCGCACCCUGCUCCUCCAGCCUGUCCAACGCAUCCCAGAAUACCUCACGCUCCUCCAGAGCCUGCUGAAGCUGACGGAGGCGGAGCACCCGGAUUACUUCCUGCUGCUGCUGUGCAUGCAGCAGCUGAGGGCCUUCACGGGCCAGCAGGGCCACCUGCUGCAGCAGGGCCAGGAGCUGCUGCUGCUGCACGGCUGCAGAGAGGUCAAGAGGCAACAUCAGAACCAGGUGAAGAGGAGGGUCCCGGAGCAGAGGCAGGGCAGGGAGCCCCAAGACUGGGGAUCCGCGGGGGCCCCUCUCUCACACGGCCCCUUUUUCGGGGGCGAUGCCAGCCCCUGGCUGGGGUCUGUCCCAGGGGUGGGGAGGGAGCCCGGCGGCCGGCCCCCCGCCUCUAGCCCCACCCCCGAGUUCCUGCCGCCCCUCCCGGCCGAGGCGGCGGGCCUGGAGGUGCUCUACGAGGACGGCGACUCCCUCGCAAACAUCUCCCUCUCGCUCUUCGAGAACGGCUCCACCGCCUCGUCCAGCUCCAGCCUGGACCUCGCCUUCGCCCGCUGCCCCGGGGCCCGUGGGGGGGGCGAGGCCUACGGGGGGGGCGAGGCCUACGCGGUGGCCGAAACCCAGAGCCGCCUUCCCGGGCGCGGCUGCGCAUCCCCGGACGAGGCCGACCUGAUGCCACACCGCCCCCUGCAGGCUGGGCAGCGCAAGAGCAAGUCCCUGAACGGCUUGCAGCUGGACAGCGCCAUCUGCGGGGAUACCGGGCCCCCUGAGUUCCCCGGCACCCCCAAAGCCCGCAGCCCCCACGGGGGACCCCACGCCUGGCUGGAGCGCCAGUCCAGCCGGGGCUCGGCUGGCGGUAGGGCCCAGAGGAGCGUCAGUCCCCUGCAGAAGCUGGAGCCCCAGGACCUACCAAGAGACUACCACAAGGUGGCGCCACCAUCCCUCUCAUCCCAAACUACUGUGGCCAAACUCCAGCUCACCACCUCUGCUGACUGCGCAUCCCAGGUCAGGGUGGAGGACUCGAGGAGGAGGCGCGGAUCGGAGGAGAACGUGCGCUCCUUCAGCGAGAGGAGCCGGAAGGAGGACCAGAAAGGGGGCAUCAGGAGCUCCUUCCGAAAACUCUUCAAGAAGAAGUCGAGCGGCGAGAUUAAGGAGAAAGUGAGAGAGAAGACGGAGGCGGAGGCGUACGGAGAGUGCGCGAGAUCUCCUCAGGUGGCUCGGCCCGCCGACGCGGACAGGGGGACCGCUGUGUGAACCCACAGCGCCCUCUGGUGGAGGAAGCCACACUCUGCGGUCUGAACCACAGGAAAAUACGCCUUUAUUCCAAACUGCAGGCCCAUGCCUUGCAGCAAGAGGAGGAACCUGGGCCAAGUAAUUGUUAUGCACAAGUUUUUCAUUUCUGAAAAAUACUCCCACCCUCAAGAUUUCAUUGUUUAUGGCUUUGUACAAUUUUAAUUUACAUGUUUGUAUUUUUCCAUCAUCAUGUAAUUCCCAUCCAAGAAAAACAUUUUUUUUUUUUCAUAAACCAAUGAUUCAUUUGUGAAAUCAAGCAGACAUGAGCAUUCAGGAGGUCACGGGCAAAGAUCUCAUCCUCAUGUUGCACUAAAACAUUUUUAAUUGCAGAUUUAAAAGCAUGGAAAUACAAUCAUGGAACUUGUUGGAUUUGUACAGUUCAAGUAGCUUGCCAAUCCGCAAGCUGAGGAUAUCUUCCACUGUUAUAGUCUUUCUUUUCGAUGUUUUAACCGUCGUUCAUCGUUGUUUUAGACUGUCUUUUAGUGCCAAAGGAAACCAUGGUUACAGUGGCAGUUCUAUUGUCCUCCAAUGAGGAGUGCAUACAGUUACUAACACUGAACAGAGACGUUUUGUAGAGGUGGGCUGGGUCGGGGGGGUUUGAUGGCGUACAGAGGUCAAAGGUCAAAGGGCACAAAGCCAGUCUUAUCCAUCUCUCACAGCUUGUACAGUUAAUCCAGGAAGCAAAGCAUUCCAAUGAACAAAAAGCAAUGCAUAUAUAUACACACAAUCAAAAUAAAUUAUCUAACAAUCCUUUUCAUACCAGUGCUUCUCAAAACAAAACGAAACAUAAAAAAAGAAAAAACAGGAAAAAGGAAAAAAACAAAGAAAAAUAUUUCCUUGGGUACAUUUUUGAAAAAUAAUUCCCCCCCCCUCCAACCCCCUACCCAGCAAGGCCUUGGGACCUGGGAGAUAAAUCUUCACACCACCCACCUUCCCCCCCCUCAAAAAAACCAGCUUUCGAUGAGCACAGAGGUGAAAACAAAGACGGACGCUAAGAAAUCAUGUAGCAAAAAGGCACGCAUUGGUAGCAAAUGAACCCAACAUCUCUCUGGCGAGGGGUCGAACGGUGGCCUCAAUCCAAAUCCAGCACACACGCAAAGUACAGAACCGAAAACCAGAUGACGAGGGGCGCGGAGUUAAAUUAGUAUUUUGUAAAGGUGUCUUUAAACACCAGAAAGCUCCAGAGUAUUUUAGUUUGUACACCAUUAUUUAGGGUCAUGUGACAGACGCUAAUCACCAGAAGAGCUGUCGCUGUGUUACUGAACUGGGAGGGAGGAGUCUGCCCUUUCCCCACUUCACCGCCCCCCCCCC